AUGCUUUCUGACGACCAUCUGGGUACAGAAGGCACUUGUGUGGCUCUUUUGACUCGCGCAACACCAACUCAAUCAAACCUCACCCUUGCCUUCAUCACUGCCUGCCCAAACUUCCCCCUCCAUUGCCUGCCCAAGCUGCCACCCAAGCAAAUUGCCUCCUCUGAGCCCGCCUCAAGUGGGGCGACUGAACAGAAAGUUGAUGCCACCCAAGCAACCGCAGCAGCAGCAAAUGAUACCAAGGUUGAUGCCAAGGGCAAUUUACCCCCGCCAGCUGGUGUGAAGGAUGGAAACAACAAGCCUCAAAAUCUCUCCAAGGAGGAACAGCUUGCGACUAAGCUGUUCAAGGGAACCAUCAAAAUGGGUGUCGGCUUGGAAGGCGUGACCAACUUGGGAAGAAACACUAAAGAAAUCGUCGACCAGAGUAAAAAGGUCUCCCAGAUGCUCCCAAUGGUCAAGACUUUGACAACUGAGUUGCUCGGCGCCGCUCCAAAAAAGAGCAAUGAGCUUAACAAGGCUGUUGAAGAGUCCACCAAUGCCGGCGAGGCAAUCACGUAA